UGGUUAGAGUGGUAAAAUAGUACUAUUCAUGCUAGCGGAGUCACCUUUGAGGAUCACAAGAGAUGAAAAUGAAAGCCAAGGUGAGAUGGAGAGUUUCUCGAUCGGAGUUGAUGACUUUGCUGACCUUUCCGACGGGAACUUGUUGGAAAGCAUUGACUUCGAUGACCUAUUCGCCGGCAUCGACGUCGACGGUGACAUCUUGCCAGAUCUCGAGAUGGACCCUGAAAUGCUGGCUGAGUUCUCCGUCAGUGGCGGUGAGGAAUCCGAGAUGGUCUCUUCGGUUUCAAUGGUUAACAACAAAUCUGAUAACGAUGAUGAUAGGAAUAUAAUUAACACGACAAAACACGAUGAAGAUAAAACAGCUUCUUCGGAUUCGGGUGCGAAUUCUGGGUCAAGUAGAGGGGAAGAGAUUGUGAGCAAAACAGACGAAUCCGUGGUUGUGAAUCCAUCGCCUAAGGAAGGUGACAAAGUAAGAAAAUCUUCAGCCCUAUCAAAGAAUCCUCAUGGGAAGAGAAAGGUUAAGGUGGAUUGGACCCCAGAGUUGCAUAGGCGAUUUGUGCAGGCAGUAGAACAGCUAGGAGUGGAUAAGGCUGUGCCUUCAAGGAUUUUGGAGAUUAUGGGAAUUGAUUGUCUCACUCGCCAUAACAUUGCUAGCCACCUUCAAAAAUAUAGAUCGCAUAGGAAACAUUUGCUAGCGCGUGAAGCAGAAGCAGCAAGCUGGAGUCAACGGAGGCAAAUGUUUUGUGUAGAUAGAGGAGGUGGAGGCAAGAGAAACGUGAGUCCUUGGCUUGCACCAACAACCAUGGGUUUCCCUCCCAUGACACCAAUACACCAUUUUAGACCCUUACAUGUAUGGGGGCAUCACACGAUGGACCAAUCAUUUAUGCACAUGUGGCCUAAACAUAUACCUUGUUCGCCUUCACCACCAGCAUGGGCACCGCGAGACCCUUCAUUUUGGCAUCAAAUGGCUCCAAAUGCACCAAUCCCAGGAACCCCUUGUUUUGCACGACCUCUGACAACAUCGAGAUUAGGGUCUCCAACUGUCACGGGUAUGCUACCACCACAUGUCAUGUACAAAGUAGAUCCCAGCAUUGGCGUCCCUGCAGGACAACCACGACCUCGACCACUCUUCGACUUCCAUCCGUCAAAGGAGAGCAUAGAUGCAGCUAUUGGAGAUGUUUUAGCAAAACCAUGGUUGCCGCUGCCUCUUGGGCUUAAAGCUCCAGCGCUUGAUGGUGUAAUGGGUGAAUUACAGAGACAAGGAAUUCCAAAAAUUCCACCUUCUUGUGCUUGAACGGCAAUCCUAUAUGGGAGAGGAAUUUUUUUUUCCCUCAUAAAUAUUGGGAGCGCUGUGAAGGCCACAAAACCCUAAUUCGACGACUUCUCAAUUCUCAACUAUUGCAUGAUAGAUCUAAGCUAGGAUGCGAGCGCUUUCUUCAUAUUGUUCUUGUUUUUGCUUGUUUUAGCAAUAGAGACUUUUAAGAUCUUUAUUUAAUUUGUUCAAGUGCUGUAUCCAGCACGAAUACUUUGAAUUGAAGUCUUUAUCAUCAGCCAUUUUGUCUAAUAUGUGUGAUUAUAAUGGCUGUGAUUUUUGUAUUAGUCGUAGAUGAUAUGUUGAGACUAAUAAGGUGAGGAAUCUCAAUAAAGUACUUUAUUGAAAGAUUUUUUUUUG